UUAUUCUUUGAUAUUGAUUAUUAUCACCUUUCACGUGGUCAUUUAGCUUAUUAACGUAGUUGAGACCUUAUUGUUCCUGCUUUCGUCGACCCAGCAACCAUUGCCCAAAUGUCUGAACGGGAAGAGGGGCCAGUCCUGGUGAGAAGCCUGCAUGAAGAUCUCGAGCGAAAAUAUAGGGAGCACGGUCCCAAAAUCAGGAGGAUCUGGCAUUCCUAUACGAAGCAGAAACGGGUGGAGAUCGUCAAGGACGGGGCAACCGGGGGCAUCAUGCUCCGACAUGCCGGCGACCGAACCCUGGGAAACGUGCGUUUGAUCCUCCCGGAGUGGAAUGUCCGGGACCUUUGCGAGCCCAAGUCGGACUACUUCCUGCACCAUCUCAAACAUCGUGCGACCAAGUCUCUUGUUGAGCAGUACGAGACGGGCGUCCAUGGAGGACCAGGAGAUAAAGAAUUCAUUCUUAAAAGCAUGGAAAAACACCAACUCCGCUACGAGAAAGCCCUCAAAAACAGUUUCACCAUGUUCCGGGCCGGCGAUUGCUACGGACAAUCCUAUAUAGUAAACGACCCGGCCAACUUUGACGGAGUCAUGGACGGUUUGUCCGAUGCCGUCAAGGAGGGCUUCUGUGUCCCCCACGGCACAGGCGAACUUAUUCUCAUGAGACAGAUUUACUUCCUGCAGGCCCUGAACCUCCUGGUGAAAAAUCUGCUCGAGGAAGACGCGCGAAUCGUGGAGGAGAAGGCGGCCCGAGCAGCCUUGGCCGCGCUGUCACUGGGCAAGCCCGACAAGCUCUCGCUGGAGGAAUUGGCCGCGCGCGCUCUGGAGCAAAGGUCGGCUCUUGUCGAUUCUCUGCAUAUCUGUCGCAGCGAGCCCACGUACCUUGCUCACCUGAUGAAUGUCUGGACCUUUAGUCGGCCGGAGCUCGUGCUCGACGACAAGGGCCGGCGAGUGCGGCAGACGGAUCAAUACUUCAGCACCGCGAUGUUUGAGGCUGUUCACAGUAGUGUAGUUGGGGCGGCCGUUUGGGACAUGAUCUCUCAAAUCCUGCAGGCUCUCCGCGACGGUCCUAAAGAUCAAGCCUACAAGACGAUCCUGCUUCAAGAACUGGCCAACAUCCUCUUGUUCGAGUACAAGCACCUCCAAACGCUGUUCAAACGUUACACACAAGCAUACUCCGGUUCUGGCCAUUUCAAACGCAUCCCAGACGUCUACGACGACGGUAUCGCACGAGUCACGCUAAAGUCGAAGCCCGACGCCGUAGCUCGUUUGGAAGAGCGAGUCCAGCACAUGUUCCGCCUCUGCCAAACCGACCUCACGCCUCCUAAAGCCAUGGACUGGAUUAAGAAGCUAGACGAUCUUCAAAAAGCCUCCCCCAUCGAGAGAAACUCCAUGGCACAACCCGAGUUCGAAGCAUUCGGCGACCUAGCCAUGACAACCAGCUUCAUGCAAACUCUCUCUGCUUCCCUUCCCAUGCCCCCACCCUCGCAAAGCAGCGGCGUAACCUACUUCUGGCGCCUGAAAGGCCUAUCCACGAAACUCGAAGACCUCAAGGCAACCAUCGACCUCUCCAAACACGUAAUUCCAAUUGAAAAAAUAGGCCAACCCGAAAAGGCCGAAGGCGCCUUGAAAGCCCUCGACGGAUUCAUUUUCUUCAAAAUGGGUGCUGAUGUCGGAUUCCUGUACGACCACCUGAACAGAUCCUGCAUGACUGAUCUGCAGAACCAGUACGCAGAACAAAAAGCCAGAUCUGGCCAAGCAUCGCAGAUGUCUGCUACCCUACCAGCUCCGGGACCCUCCACUCGAAAGGCCCAGCUCAAACCCCAGCAGGAGAAAGGCCCCACGACGCGUCGCGCCCAAAAUUCCGACUUUAGGAUCUACCCCGCCACUGAGUCCCACGACACCAUUUCGGCCUCUGUGUCCCCGACCUUCAAACUUAAGCUCAGCACGUAUAAUACCUUCUGGACGCUGUUUUCUCAUUCUGGUACCGGGGGAUCGAUCUCCUGGACGGCGUUCGAAGAGGCCAUGGCGGAUAUCGAUUUCUCGGUUUCUCCGACAAUCGGGUCAUUCUUUACGUUCUCCCCGCCAAAGGAGUAUCCCGUUCAGAAGACGAUUACGUUGCGUCGGCCGCAGAAGUUGCUAAUUGAGGGGUAUGGGAUGUCGCUGGUUGGACGGCGCUUGGCGAGGAAGUAUGGGUGGGGAAAGAAGACGUUUGAGUUGGCUUGAUGGUAGUGUGCUGAGAUGUGAGGGGGUGUCUGGGUUAGAAUGCUUGCAAAUUUGGUGGGCAUAUGGGUAGAUGUGUCUGGAUUGUAUUGGAUGAGAUGGCAGCGGUUAAUAUUCGCUGCUGAGGAUUCAUGAUGUUUACAUUCCUUUGAAUUAGAUUAGACAUGAAGAUUGAAAUGGCAACUACAACGGUUUGUCG